AUAUACUCCGAGUUCCGGCUGGCCAAGUACCCCGACGUGACGCCGCUCAUCACGGACUACGCACAGGGCACCGACCCAGUGAAUUCGGUUGGGCCCUACUGGGAGCAGCCCGGGCGCAACAGGCUCGUCAACCACCUCCUGGACAUCCCGCCCGCGACCGAGGCCAUGCCCGAUAAGUUCUACGAUUGGCAGCGGGUCUUCUUCACAGGC